AAAGAUGGCGGACGCGUCGGGGACCGAGCAGUCAGACGAGAAAGAGAAAGAAGGGGACAUUGAGCGCAAAAACAGACAACAGCGAGCUUGGCAGGAUGCGACCAAGUCGGGGAAAGUGAUCAUUUCUUCACAACUACCAGAGACGUUGGGCUUUUACGACAUUAGUGCUGACAUAAGACGCGAGCAAGUCGACCACUCGGCAGAGCCGUCGCUGACUCGCUUCAUCUGUUCGGAGCUGACCCGAGGUUACUUCCUGGAGCACAAUGAGGCCAAGUACACAGAGCGGCGGGAAAGGGUGUACACAUGUAUGCGGAUCCCCAAGGAGCUUGAGAAGUUGAUGAUCUUCGGAUUCUUCCUGUGCGCUGAUGCUUUCCUGUACGUUUUCACAUUGCUGCCUCUUAGAGUGUUGCUGGCCCUGCUCCGCCUCCUCACUCUGCCAUGCUGUGGCUUCAGGGCACGCACAUGCCCCUACUGCAGAAGAAGCAGUGGGACCAGGUUGCUGCAACCAGCACAGGUGUGCGACAUGCUGAAAGGUCUCAUCCUGGUGCUGUGCUUUUUCAUGAUGCACUACGUGGACUACGCCAUGAUGUACCACUUAAUCAGAGGGCAGUCUGUCAUCAAGCUCUAUAUCAUCUACAACAUGCUGGAGGUGGCAGAUCGCCUCUUCUCAUCCUUCGGCCAAGACAUCCUAGACGCUCUCUACUGGACUGCAACAGAGCCUAAAGAACGCAAGAGGGACAGUAUCGGAGUCAUCCCUCACUUCUUCAUGGCCGUUUUUUAUGUUUUCCUCCACGCCAUCCUCAUCAUGGUCCAAGCUUCCACGCUCAACGUCGCCUUCAACUCUCAUAACAAGUCCCUGCUCACCAUCAUGAUGUCCAGCAAUUUUGUGGAGAUCAAAGGGAGCGUUUUCAAGAAAUUCGAGAAGAACAACUUGUUUCAGAUGUCCAACAGCGAUAUCAAAGAGCGCUUUACCAGCUACGUUCUCAUGCUCAUUGUGUGUCUGAGGAAUAUGGAGCAGUUCUCAUGGAAUUUGGAACACCUGUGGGUUUUAUUCCCCGACGUCUUCAUGGUGCUCACUUCAGAAGUGGCCGUGGAUGCCAUUAAGCACGCUUUCAUCACCAAGUUCAACGACAUCACGGCGGACGUUUACAGCGAGUACAGAGCCAGUUUGGCCUUUGAUCUCGUCAGCAGUCGACAGAAGAAUGCUUACACGGACUACAGCGACUCAGUGGCCCGCCGAAUGGGCUUCAUCCCACUGCCUUUGGCCGUGCUACUCGUACGGGUGGUCAUGAGUUCGGUGAAGGUGCGAGGAGCGCUGUCAUACACGUGUGUACUCCUCUUUUAUCUCGGACUGCUCACACUGAAGGUGCUGAACAGCAUCGUGCUGCUUGGGAAGUCGUGUGUGUACGUCAAGAGGGCCAACAUGGAGGGCAAACUCUUCCAAAAGCCCACUACCGCUCCGCCCUCCUCGGUCAAGCCCCCCAACAUCAAAGCUGAGCGGCCCCCGACGACUGCAACAGUCUCAGGUGACGCCCAGUUGAACCCGAAGUCGUCACCCGCUCCUCCUUCAUCCUCUUCAGUGACCACCCAGCCGGCGCCCAGGUGGGACUUUCCUCCACCGCCAGUCGACUCUGCGACUUCAACGCCCCCACUUCCUUCUCUACCUACACACCGGCCGUCCCCCUCGCCCGAACCCCAGCCGCCUGCUCCCUCACCCCCCAAAGAGGAGCGGGAGCCCGGAUCUGGUGUAAGGCCCGAAGCUCCCAAAAAGGACCUCCUGGAGAUUGACCGUUUCACCAUCUGCGGCAACCGUAUCGAUUGACGUAAAGACGCAGGGAGUUUGAUUAUCGCCGGAUGAGUAAAUUAUUAUAAAAUGCACUGUGAAAUCCGUUCCUGUCGUUCAGAGACAUUUCGCCACAGGAAACCUGAACGGGAUGACGAGAGGACCACGUUUCACACCCACAAACGGUGCACAGAAGGGGCCACGGCACUCACUUAAGAGAGCCUCCAAAAGACUCUCGCCCUGAAUGUCGCCAGUAGGGGACAAAAUACGUUUGACACUUUUCAGAAGGUGACGCGUCGUUUUUUUCAUGUCAAAGACAAGCAAACUGUCUAGCAGUUGAGUUUAUACAGCUUCGAUGACCAUGCUAGAUCCCUGCUUCAUUUAAACCUGUUUUAUACAUUCAGGAAGCCCCAUAAAACAAACAAAAUUAACAACAAUUUCAUACAAAGAUGCUGCAAAAUGGCAGCCUUUUUCUCACAGAAAUCAAAACACAUUGAUUCGAUAAUAUCACAAACAGGGAGCCCUUAAAGCUACUUCCGAUCUCCACAGAGACCUUGCACAAUUUCACGGAAACUGCUACCUAAAUGAUCACCACUUUUAUGCAGAAACACUGAUUUUUUUCUCAAUGAAAAUCUGAGACUGUUUCAAACACUGCAAAACCCUAUGAAAUUACUCCCUCUUCAUAGUGAUGCACCGAUACCAUUUUUUUUGGGGGGCGCCGAUACCUAUUCAAACACCAAUUCAGACCACGUUUUUUGGAGAGAAAAAAAAAAUCAAUUUUUUAAAAGUCUAAAUAAGUGCUUACUCACUUGAAUGUAAAAUAAUUGCUCAUAGCCUAGUCAGACACUGCUUUUACUCAUUGGCUCCCAUUGACAUUCAUAGACGGCCAAUCCAUUUGAAGUGGGA